AUAUCAAAUUGCCGCAUGUACGUUUUUCUUAUCGGCUUAUAUUUGAUCUGAAUGUUUACAUGAUAUCGACUAAUUAGUUUAUUUUGUCUGUACGCGCAAUUUGCACUGUUUGUUAUUAUUAACAAGUACCCGAAAUAGCUUCAUUUCGACACACAGAAACUCCGAGCGCUGAAACUUGAUUAUUCAAUAUCCAAUUGAAUGUAUGCGGGGCACUUUGAUUCGGCUGGAGCAAAAUGAUUUAUGAAUAUGAAUUCCACGGGCAUACGUUGUUUAUAUAUAUUCGUUUCAUUGCGCACAUGUUAAUAUUCCCGUGAUCUCACAGCUAUAUUAAGCAAGAAUCACCAUUUUGUUCACUGUUCAUCGCGCUCGUUAUCGAGCGGUUUACAACCGACGCUUGCGCGCGGGGUGCAGCUGGCACACGUCUGUUUAAACGUGGGGUGCGAUUCAGGAUACAAACACACAUCCCUCCUGAGAUGCAUAUUGGUCGGCGGUGUUGUUUGCGUUUAACGAACGUGUUCCGUUGCGCGCAUAUCGCACACAUUCAGUUAUUUGUCUCUGCGACGAGGUCGCGUGCUGGUGUUGCUUCUCGUUCGUCGCGUGAACAAUAAUCAUGAAAACAUAAUUUCCUAAUGUAAGUGUAACGUGGUGCAGUUUUGUUGUGAGCGGAACAUCGUGAUUAAUUCGAAAUUACGUAGUAAUUGCGCCGCCGGCAGAAAAUGUGGCCGCGAAUUUCAAACAAGCGCGCAAUACUCUUCGUGUUAAUCGUCUUCGGAUGCAUUUCACCACUGCUGAUUUUAUUCCUGCCGAACUCCAGCCCUCAUGACAUCCGAACGCAUGUCCAACACUUGUUAUACCCUGCGGAUUCCAUCCGCUGCUUUCGUUACAAUCGCAAAACAGCGCUGACACUGAAGGACAUCUCUGCGUACGAGGUACGCAAAGGGAAGUCGAUUUUUUUCCAUGAGACGUCCUGCAGACAUGUGCAGCUUGGGAAAAUUUCAUUAGACGCGAGACAGGCAUGUGCUGUGGAAUCAGCCGCGCGAUCAAAUCCGCACUGGGAUGUUUACAUUACUUUCUCAGCACCGGGUUUGAUACACACAUCAAGUUCGCAGAAUGAUCGCAUCCUUGGAGCUCUGCGAGAAUAUGACAAUGUAAGACUGGUUCAUCUUAACUUUGAAAACUACACGAGGAAUACUCCUCUGGAAGAAAUUUACAGGAGCGGCAGGUUGGAUUACAGUUCGUAUCCGAUAUCACACGCAAGUGAUAUUCUUCGAUAUCUAACUCUGUUUAAAUUCGGUGGGAUUUACAUGGACCUUGAUGUGGUCGUGGUGAAAAGCAUGGAGGAUUUAAAACCGAAUUAUGCAGGCGCGGAAACCCAAUGGAAUGUUGCCGCAGGAGUUAUAUCAAUGGGGCACGAAGGUGCGGGUCAUAGAUACGCCGAGGCAUGCCUUGCAGACCUAAAACAACAUUUCAGCGCCCAUGAGUGGGGUAAUAAUGGUCCUAUGAUAGUCACACGUUUACUACGUCAGCUCUGUAAGGUGGAACUCAGUAAGGAUAUGAUGAAUCGCACCUGCGACGAAUUCCACGUAUAUCCACCGUUUAUGUUCUAUCCAGUGCCGUGGGUGGACUGGAAAUUAUACUUCGACAGGGAAUCAGUACCAAAAGUAUUUCGAAUGAUAAAAGAUUCGCAUGUGCUGCAUGUGUGGAACAAACACAGCGCAGGAAACAAGGUGCCGGUGGGCGAGGCGACGGCAUACACGACGUUUGCGAGGAAGUUCUGCCCCAAGGUGUUUGAACAAGUCGAUCAAUAUUUUUGAAACAAACAAUCGACUAACACUUGUAAGAAUACAAGCCGAUCUGGGUCAGAGCAAUGUCGUUAACCAUUUUCUACACGUUUUGUAUAUUUGUCACGGAGGAAUAUAUUUUUAUAUUUAGAAUUAGAUGUAAUUGUUGUUGUGCGUGGCAGAUUUAGUACAAAAAAAGGUUUGUGCUAAAGAAAAUCUGCCAUUGUGAGUAGAUAAUGAAUAAAAUGUGAUAUCGACUGUUA